CAAAAUUGACAUGUAGAAAUUGAGGUUAAAAUAAGAGUGACAAAAAUUUGAAUUUAAAUUUUAAAAAAGGAACGCACGUUUUAAAAUAUGGAUACAAUAAAACCAACACACCAAGAGUUGGAUUUUUGUAUGAAAGAUCCGAAAUGCAUUAGAAACGUCUGUAUUCUAGCCCACGUCGAUCAUGGGAAAACUACAAUAGCUGACUCACUUUUAGCAACCAAUCGCCUGGUCAGCAAACGCAUGGCAGGUUUCCUCCGUUAUCUAGACGACAGACCAGAUGAACAGGAACGAGGAAUAACGAUGAAAAGCAGUGCAGUGUCUCUCCUUAAUUUAGUAUACGAUGAAACUGAUGGUAAAAACAAAAAGAUUUUAUUAAAUUUAAUAGAUACACCUGGACAUAUAGAUUUUUCUUCAGAAGUGGGGGCAGCUUUAAGAGUUUCUGAUGGUGCGAUAAUACUUGUAGAUCUUGUAGAAGGGGUUUGUGUUCAAACUAGGGAAUCCAUCAAAAACGCAUUUGAAGAACACACUAAAAUGAUCUUGGUAUUAAACAAAUUUGAUAGGUUGAUUGUGGAAUUGAGAAAAAGUAUCGAUGAAAUAUUCCAAACUAUUUUAAGAGUGAUUGAAGGAUGUAAUGCUAUAGUAGCGGAACUGUAUCAAUAUGAAUUUACUGAUAAUGAAAUUGAUAUUGAAGAUACAGGGCUUUUAUUCAACCCAGAUUCGGGCAAUGUAAUUUUUGCAAGUGCUAUAGAUGGUUGGGGAAUUACCACUGAACAAAUAUCUCGAAUGUUUGUUGGUUUACUUAAAAAUGAAACUAUAGACUCUCUAAAUAAAAAAAUGUGGAACUUUGAUUAUUAUGUAGAUUCAAAGAAGGAAUUAAAACUUGGCGCUAUAGACAAGAAAAAAACUAACCUAUUUACGCAAUUUUGUUUAAAAACUAUAGUGCACAUUUACGAAACAUUAGUCAUAAACAUGGAGAAAGACAAAACUAAUACAAUAAUAGAAAAAUUGAAUAUAAAACUAGUCACUAGAGACAUGACACAUAAUGAUCCAAAAAUCCAAGUAAGGGCAAUUUUACAAGCUUGGAAGCCCUUAUCAUCCACGAUAUUGCUUCAAUGCUUAAAACAGAUACCAUCGCCUUCCAAAAUAGAAAAAACGAAAAUCGAAUAUUUACUUAACGUAAAGAAAUUUUGUGAAAAUCAUUAUUACAAUAAAUGUGUAGAAAAAGUAAUGCCUUACUUCGAGAAUAUCUCUACAACACCUGAAACUACGUCAGUAGCUUAUGUUUCCAAAAUGUUUUGUGUAAGCAAAAAGAAUUUGUCACAAUUUAAACCAAAAGUGUUUAUGCCACGACCUAGAAAUUCAGAAGCACUGCCAAAACUGGAAGGUACUCCAGAUGCAGCAUCUGAUUCAAAUAAAGAUAAUGAAAACGAAUUAGUAGAUAUUAAAAAUAGUGCAGUGUGUGAUGAUAUAGCUGUGAUAGCUUUAGCUCGAGUAUUUACUGGUGUACUCCAUGUUGGUCAAGAAAUAUUUGCCAUUACUGGGUCAUAUUUACCUGAUGAAUUAAAAAUACUUGAAAACCCAGACGAGUUUGUUAAAAAUUGUCCUCAUGUAAACAAAGUGGUUAUCAAGGAACUAUACAUGCUGUUUGGGCGAGAAUUAACAUUAGUAGAUUCCAUCCCAGCUGGUAAUUUUUGUGGAAUAGGAGGUCUAGAAUCUUGUGUCAUCAGAACUGCUACUUUAUCUACAGAUUUGAACACAGUUCCGCUUGUCGAACGACCGAGAAUAGACCCGGUUGUCAGACACGCCAUAGAACCGGUAAAUCCUCGAGAAUUGCCCAUUCUUCGUCAAGGUCUUAAACUGCUUUUGCAAAGCGACUCUUGCGUCGAGGUUAUAAUGCAAGAAACUGGUGAGUUAGUACUCCUAACUGCCGGUGAUGUACAUCUGGGUAAAUGUAUAGAAGAUUUGAAAAAUAAAUUUGCUCAAAUAGAAAUACAUGUUUCUAGUCCUAUGGUGUCUUUAAGGGAAACUGUUGUUAACAGCCAGGCAGAAUAUGAUUUUGCCAAAGAUCAGAUCAAUGUAGUAAAUCUAGAUACACAAUAUUUGAUGUUAUCAGUACUGGCUGUACCCCUACCUGAAAAUAUAUUGGAAGUAAUUAGGAGUAGUCAUGAAUUGUUAAAAAUGGUGGAAGACCAUCAGCAUAAAAGUUUUAUCGAUAUCGCUAAACAUUCUUUUAGUAAUGCCACAGGUACUAAGGCUGUAGAAAAAGUUUUUAAACGUGAAGUUACUAAGAAAGCUUUGCUACACAUUACGGAACAAUUAAAAUCAGUUUUUGGAUCCUCCACAUCCUGGAAAGGUUUGGAAGAUAGAUUAUGGAGUGUUGGUACAUCCAGUGAUUGUUUAAACGUUUUAAUAAACGAUACUUCAAACUAUGAUCACAAUAUUUUUGUUGAACUCAAUGGACAUGAUAAGAGAUCGUUAUUUAACCACUGCGUGGUCAAUGCGUUUAAUAUUAUAUGUAAAGCGGGGCCUUUAUGUGAAGAACCUUUAACAAAUUGUGCUUUCAUUGUUAAGAAAUUCGAACUAUCUACCGAAGUCAAUCUAGAAGAUAUCACACCUCAAACUACAUCAUCCAUAGAGUCUAGUAUCCGUGAAACUCUGAAAAAAGCUUUUGAAAAACAAGAGCAAAGAUUGAUGGAACCUUUAUACGUAACGGAAAUUCAAGUAAACACGAACAUCUUAGGAAAAGUGUACAGCGUAGUCAGCAAAAGACAUGGUAAAAUCAUUGAAGAUGUAUGCAUGGAUGAUAAAGAAAAGGUUUUCCUCGUCAAAGCCCAAAUUCCAGUAUUAGAAAGCGAAAACUUUGCAAACGAAAUGAGAAAAACUACGUCCGGACAAGCCAAUCCGACUUUGAGAUUCAGUCAUUACGAAAUUAUUGAUGGUGAUCCGUUUUACGAACCGGUAGAAGACGAAGAUGAGGAAGAAGAGGGUAUCAACGUCGAGUCAGCUUUAAGAGCUAAUAAAUUGAGAAAAGACGUGAGAAGGCGCAAAGGGUUACACGUUGAAGAUGAAGUUGUUAUUCAUGCAGAGAAACAAAGGACUUUAAACAAAAAGAAAUAAAAUAUUUUUUAUUAUAUUUAUUUAUUCAAUUAUUGUUACUAUUUAUACAAUUUUGUCACCUAAGUUUAAAACAUACUUACAUUCAAAUAAAUAGCCA